CCCGCCGCCCCCAACCCAUUCAAGGUGCGGCUGAGGAACAGGUGCGUGGAGGAGAUUCACCGAGACGGUUCAUUGUUUUUUAAGCGUCCCAUCAGAGAAACACACACAUAAAUCACAGCAGAGAGGAGCUGACUUUACCAGAAACAGAGCAAAGUUCAGCUAAAAAAGCCUUCAGCUCGAGAGGAGGAUUUUGGACGUCGUUUUAAAGAAGAAAAACUAAAAGGAGAAGGAAGAAGAAAUGGCCAACAAGGGUCUGCAGAUUUUGGGAUUCGCCCUGGCCCUCCUGGGUUUGAUUGGAUUGAUAAUUGGCACCAUUCUGCCGCAGUGGAAGAUGUCCGCGUACGUCGGGGACAACAUCAUCACGGCCAUCGCCAUGUACGAGGGGCUGUGGAUGUCCUGCGCCUUCCAGAGCACCGGACAGAUCCAGUGCAAGGUGUACGACUCGAUCCUGCAGCUCAACAGUGCCCUCCAGGCAACCCGCGCCCUCAUGAUUGUCAGCAUUAUUGUAACGGUGGCCGGCCUGGGUGUAGCCUGCAUGGGAAUGAAGUGCACCAACUGUGGAGGAGACGACAAGACGAAGAAGUCUCGCAUUGCAAUGACCGGAGGCAUCAUCAUCCUGAUCGGCUCUUUGUGCUCCAUCGUCGCCUGCUCCUGGUACGCUCACGACAUCAUCCAGGCCUUCUACAACCCUUUCACCCCCGUCAAUACCAAGUAUGAGUUCGGCUCCGCCAUCUUCAUCGCGUGGGCCGGAGCUUUCCUGGCUGUAGUCGGAGGCGGCAUGCUGGCAGCAUCCUGCCCGAAGGGGAAACCGUCACCCAAGUACCCCAUCUCCAGACCCCCCAGCAGCAAGGAAUACGUCUGAACGGGACAGGACUCGGUGUUUGGAGGCUGAAGGAACACUUUGACAUUCGUGCUGGUCCUGCUCAGAGACUGAAGCAUUGAAAACAUGUAUCCCAGGAGACGACUCGUACCUGUUUUUUUUUAUCAUUUUUUUUAUUGUAUAUUUUAGUUUCUUCAGGGCCCCUCUGUGUUACUGUAAUAUUAUUUUAACAGAAUAAUUAUUAAAGUUUUAAAAUAACAGCGGUUUACUUCUUAAAGAGCUUGCCGACCUACAUUUAGUGCUUACUGUUUGUAUACUGUGUAGUAGACGAUCCACUUAGUUGACACCUGUAAAGCACUAUUUGUCAAAUGCUUCAUGCUAACUUGUACAGUGUGUUUUUGGGGAAACAGUUUAUAUGCACUGAACAGAAAUCAGAUAUCACAAUCACGGUGUAUAACGUCAUGCAUCACUUAUUACUGUGAAUCCACACAGGUUAAACAUCUGGCACCUGAGAACCAAUCUGCUCUCAUUAUUCUCAUGUAUUUGUGCCUUAUUUAUAUGAACGUGACAAAACCUUUGGAGACUCCUCUGUUUUAAAUCAAGCGACGGAGUGAAAUUGUAACUAAACCACUGCAGACUGAUUCCUUAAACUCAGAUUGCCAAUGUUCUUGCUGACACACAUGCAGCAGCAGCUGUUGAUAGCUUUAUGUAACAGUUUGUGUGAAUGGGCUUUGCUUAUUGCUCCUGUUUUUAGCCCGAACAGAUGUCGCUGCGCUCUGCAAAUACUAAUUUUUUUAAAAAGAACUUUUUGAAGUUGUGACAUUGCAAUGUUUGUAUUGUGUAUAUAAAAUAAAAGCAUAAACUUGA